AAUCGCCAUUUGUUCUGGAUAGAUUAUCAGACUUGUGUUUAAAAUCAAGUUCAUUUGGAAGCCUGAGCAGUUUAUUCGAUCGUUCACUACGGUGAUCUUAUGGUCUUAAAGGCUUUCUACAGUAAAAGAAGUGGUUGAUAUAUGGAUCUUGUUCUAGAAUGCACAUCUGAAGAUGGUAGUAGUGAGAAUUUCAUAAGGAAUGGUGCCACAAAUAGUGCUACAAGCAUACUUGAUGAAGACUCCAAAGAGGUAGAUGGAGGCAACUCAUAUGGAACAUUAAGUGAAACUUUUGAAAAGAAAUAUGAAUUAGAAGGGCUUAAUGUAAUAUUUACAGCUAACAGUGAAGUUGGUGUUGACAAAAGUAUUGUAGUAACAGAGUUUCCAAAAGAUAAAAGAAGAUGUAUAAAAAAUAAUGGCAAAAUAGCAACAGAAUCAAAUCUUUUAGAAGAAACUGUUAUAAAGACUGAAAACUUUGAUAGUAAUUAUGGUCACACUAAACAUGCUAAAGAAGUGUAUGAUAAAAUGUUGAAUGAAAGAAACUCUGUAAAAGAUAAUAUAAGCAAGGAGGAUGAGAAAGAGAGAUAUAGAAAAGAAAACAUACUUGACAAAAGUCUGGCUUAUAGGAUUGAUACAGACAUUUAUCAUCGUACUGGAUCUAUCAUUGAAACAUGUAAUGAACCUGCAGUUGAUAAUGUAGUGAGUGAAAGUGAAGUCAUAAAGUUUGAAACAUAUGAAAAUGGCGGAGAAACAAAUGUAGAAAAUCAUGUUGAAAACAAUUUAAUGGAAUUUGAGGAAACUUUUUUAAUUAAAACAGAACCAGAAGUAAAUAAAGAACAGUUUGUUCAAAGUAAGAGUGAAGGCACGGGUAAAACAUUUCCAUACAUGUUUGAUACUUACACCAGUGAUAUUGAAAGUUAGGUUGGUUCAAGAACUGCCAUCAAACCAGAACCAUUGAAUAAUUCGAAGGAAAAUGAUUUUGUUGUGUGUGUAGGAGAGAAGAACUUGUACCAAAGUUCAGCAAAUAUGAAUGAAAAACUUGAUAUUGUUAAAACGGAAUUGAAAAUGAAAGUAGAUGAAGAAAAUGAAAAUGUGCAAACACUAACAAGGGUGACAGACCUCAGUCACAUUUAUGAUAGUUCCUAUGAAAAGACUGAUGAGAAUAUUGACAUAAAAGUGGAAACAGAUGAAGAGGUGUAUAUUAACGAAGAUAACAAAAGUGUGGACGCUGAAACAGACAGUAUCGAUCUUAAGAAUGACAAGGUAUAUAUUAAGACUGAACCAUUGUCAUAUGGUACUGAAAUUACUGAUAAUGUACUAGAUUAUACGGUACAUAAUGAAUGUGCAGUGUACAUUGAUACUGUAUAUGACGAUCUAAAAGCAGAGUAUAAAAUUGUUAAAAGUGAGAAGGAAGAUGACAGAGAUGUUAACUGCAGUGCUAGAAUAAAGCAUAACGAUGAAGAUAGUAAGAGCAACAAUUUUGAUGCACUAACUGAAUCUGAAGGAAAGACAUACGACUGUCGCUUUUGUGGAAAAUCUUUUCCAACUCCACAUCAUUUAAAUGGGCAUUCACGUGUGCAUGUGGAUAAAAUCUAUCAAUGUGACCAGUGUGAUAAAGCAUUUGGUAGCUUAAAAAAUUUAAAGGCACAUCAAGCUAACCAUGGUGAUAAAAUCUUUUCGUGUUUCCAUUGUAAUAAAUCUUUUGCAAAGGAAACACUGCUAAAACAGCACAGGAAUGUUCAUACUAAAGAACGACAGGCAACAUGCAGUUUUUGUGGACAAUCCUUUUCACGGGCAACUGAUUUAAAACGUCACGUGAAGUUACAUACCAUGGAGCGAGAUCAUGUAUGUGGCAUUUGUGGCCGCUCUUUCGUAACCCCGUAUGAAUUGAAAUAUCAUAUGCCAACGCAUGACGAACAGAGACAGUCAUAUACAUGUAGUACCUGUAACAAAUCUUACAAGUACGAGAGGGAUUUAAAGAGUCACAUGUCAGUUCAUUCUGUUGAUAGUCGGCAUAUUUGUAUGAUCUGCGAAAAAGUGUUUGAUAAAAAGUUUAACUUGAAUAGGCAUUUGAGAACGCAUACAACUGAUCGACCAUUUUCAUGUGAUCUGUGUGGCAAGUCAUUCAAAGACCCUUCAAAUUUGAAACUUCAUCGAUUACGCCAUAACAAAACGAUAGAAAAGAGUACCAUAAUUCCCGUAGAAUAGGUUGUCUGUAUUAUUUUCUCAUGGAAAUGACGAAAACGCACUGGAAAAUGUAGACGAAGUUUACUUCUGAAUACAGAGAUGGUACCAACCUAGAAAAGUGAUCUUUUUAAAUUGCUAUUUCAGGCGAUUUCCCCUUACCAAAAAAAGCUCCAAAGUGAAAUCGGCUCUUGUCGCUUCUGGUCCUCGAGCGAGGGCUAGGUUAAGUUGUUCAAGAUCAAUUUGACAAACUGGAUGAGUUAGUUUUAUUUUGCCUUUGUGAUUAACUAUAAUCACAGUGAUUAUGUACAGUCACUUUUACUUAAAGCUAAUUGUCAACUGGCGUUUUGUUUUUUAAGGGGCAUUAGCUAUCUAACCUUGGGAAUAUUACUGGCAUUCACCUACUGCCUUGAAUAUUUUUUGUACUCCUUUCAGCCGUUUUUAUAGUGCGUAACCUUAAUACAUGAAAAUUAUAAUUUCGGCCUCAAAACAUUGCCCUGCAGCAUGCCAAACUUCUCUUGAAACAAAAUGAACACAGUGGGCACCGCCUUGGAAAAGCCCGUUACUGGGCACAGUUAUGUCUCUUCUGUUAUGCAUGUGAACCAAGGCAGCGUCCCACUGUGUUUACUCUACACAUGUCUCAUGCACAGUUGUCAUACUUUAUUAUGAGCACAGUUUUAUUGUAAUCUUUUGCAAAGUUUUCGAUGUGAUCUAAGUAGAUUUUCCAAUUCCUCCAGCUAAUCCGCAUCCAAUAUUUUCUGGAAAGGCAAUGGUUUGUAUGUCAUCGCGUUUUCCUAAUUUGUCCAAGCGUUCCUUAAACCAUUCUGACCUUUUCUCUGGUGUAUCAAUGUACGGCGAAAUUUGCUCUCUGUGAGAUUGAAAACAUUUGCCGUAUUCCCACUGGGUUAACAAACAAACGACGUGGAAGCCCGAAUUGUCUCCGACAAUAUAACAGCAUCGCCUGGCUUCCUCUUGUUUCCACCAUGGCUAGAUUUCUAUUUCCUAUCGAUGUUCUUUUGGCAUAGAUGUCAGCCCAAGGAUAUUUCUUAGCUAUUUGUGAUGAAAGCUAGGCCAUGAGCUUUCACCGUCAGGCAGUUCAUCUGAUGACAAAUAGCAUCCACAUCUCUUAUACUCGUAAUAUCACCUUGUUGAUUGGAAACUUUUCCAUCUUGAACAUUCGAAUGUAAGAUGCAAUCUUUUCGCACGUUUAUGUAGUGCCUCAACUCAAAAAAAUAGAAAAAGAUAUAAAUCUGGUCUUGAAACAUCCCCUUUGCGGCAUGCCAAACUGAGUGGUACCCUUCUCUGUUCACUUUUACACAUGUCUCUUUUUCCAGUGGGGCACAGCCAUGGAGUGGUCGAUGACAAAAUUUUGUCACUGGGCACAGUUUUGUAUUUUCUUGCUGCUGAACAAACCAAGGUGGUGUCCUACUGUGUUUCUAGAUAGUCUAUUUUCAUUUUUGUUUUUGCCCUUUCCGGACUUGCGUGCAAAAUAGCCAAAACCCAGUCAGGCUAGUAAUCCAAAAAUGAUCAUUUCUGAAAAUCCAAAAUAAAUGGGGAAGUUGUAGUUAGAUACAACACCCCUAAUGACUAACCUUCUUUUGUCUUUUUCAUUAUUCAUGAUCACUCUAAGGUGUUACCCUACUAUGUUCACUUUUUUAUAUGUCUCUUUCUGUCUUGAUUGCAACUCUCUUGCUCAGCAACCUGCGCUGUGGUUUUUUUUCAUACUUUCACCGUCUCAAUUUUAGCCUAAUCACGCUUUCAUGAGAUAGUAUAAUCACAAGCUUACCUCCUUCGAGAAGGGUGGGGUUGGGGGGGGGGGGUCUUUUUCAAGUCAUUUUUUCCUCUUUUUCCGCACAAAAAUCACUCUCAAACACCCUACCUUCCCACACAGACAUCCUUUUCAAUUCAACUUUUUUUCAAAACUCAUUUUGGUAAAAGCUAUAUUUCCCCUUUAAAUUGUUAUAUUUAUCUUAAAGAUAAUAUUUUCCCCUUAGAAUGUAAAGACAUGUUCCUUAAUAUGCAUAGGAAUAAUUUCAUGGCGUUUAUAUAUUUCUGAACUCUAAUUACCCCCAUUUUUCUUCAAAUUUACAACCUGCGCAGCUAGCUGUUAUA